AUGCCUGAUGAUGAUGACACACAGUCCGUGCAGAGUGCUUCAGUUCAAGACCAGAUUGUAUUUUGGACGCUUUCAAUAUCUUUUUUCUUCAAGUUAGUCGCUUUUGUAUGUACAGUUGUGGACACACAUUACCAUCAAUGGAUCCAAUUGACCUCAGGGAAUGAUACUUAUGAAUUUGUGGUAAGGAUUUCUUUUCUUUUUUCAUUUUUAGAACAAGUAACAAUAUCUAUCUGAGGAUGAUUUUAGAGGGGGAUUGCCCAUAGUGAUUGUGCAAUAAAUACACAACAAAGCCGGGAUAUUCAGUGUCAGCGAUGGACAUACCGCGAUAACAUUGACAAAGGGUGGAUCGAGUACUGGUCGAGGUUUAAUUUAAACCAUGAAGAUGUCACGCUUCCCGGCGGAUGUAAGUCAUCGAUUACUUCAAGCGGCAUAUAAGACAUCCUUUUAGUUCUCUGGGCAGCAUAUUAUGUCGCCAUCAUGCUAUUUGCUGUUUAUGCAGCCGAUCUUGUGAUCUCAUUGAUGAUGUGUUGUCGGCAGAAACAGACGGAGAAUGGGAUCUUUUACCUCAAAGUGUUUUCUUGGGUGUUGGCCGGGUUUAUCGGUGAGCAAUAGAUUCGGUGUGCAACUUAUAUUUUUAGUGAUGUUCUAUAUGAUUAUCGUUAUUGCUGUGUGCACCGAGACUUACGCCUACAUCCAGUCGAGUAGAUACUUCUUUGAGGUGAGUUAAUCUUUUUCUAAAGUAAGUUUCCUUCAGGCCCAUUUCGGAUUGGGAAUGAAAUCCUGGUGUAUUCUCCUGUUUCUCUACAUCUCCGCAGUCAUAAUUCAGAAUGCAUAUCAUUUAUAUAACUGUCGGCAUGAAUACACUUCGCUCGUUCCAUGGUCGGUUCCCAAGAGAGAAUACACUCCGGAACGAAGUACUCAUCGGAAUCUGGAAUUGGAUGACCUCAGGGCACCUACUUUUAUUGCGUAA